UCUCUCUCUCUCUCUCUCUCUCUCACACUCUCACACUCUCUCUCUCUCUUUCAUUCUCGCACGUUCUACUCUCCUCCGUCGGUUGCGUUUCGGCUGGUGCGAAACGUCGUGGUGGCCGGUCAGAGUAAAGGCAAGCGUGUGUGCUGUGAGUUGUCGAUCGAAAACACCUAACUUUGUCCCUUUCCGUUCAGCGAUCGACAGCACGAACACCAAGAAGGGAACAAGACGAUAUGCUACGUGCACUGAUUUAACUCAAAGCCCCUUCGUCAUCUGAUUCCUCUCUGGACGAUACACUCUCUUCUAAGUCUUUCUUUAGUGGAUUAGCAACGAGAAGUAGAAGAAAAGAAGGAAGAGGAAGAAGAAUAAAAGGAUUUUUGACGUUUCAUCGGUUUCGCAACUGCCGAUUACGGCGAACCACUCUGGGAAGACCGAGAGAAGAAGAAGAGGAGGAGGAGAGGGGGAGUCGUGCUGGGGGCCGAGGGGCGGUAAUGUGGUCGAACAGCCUCGGCGGGACUUCCGGUUGUAGUGGAGGCGCCGGUAGCGCCGAUCUCGGAGGCCUUGCUGCCUCCACCACCUCAGCUUCCGAACUAUUUGGCCCUAGUGCGUUUGGUACUUCCGCGGCUGGGCCCUACGGUGCCCUUAAGACCAACCCUUACGUUAGUGCUUUAGGUAUGCCACCGAUCGAGGCCCUUCAUUCAACUAUCGGCUAUCCGGCUUGUACACCCGCCGGUGAGUCAUACUACUGUAAUCCCAGAAAACAACGGAGGGAGCGAACGACCUUCACGAGAGCACAGCUCGAUAUCCUCGAAGGGCUCUUCUCAAAGACAAAGUAUCCCGAUAUUUUUAUGCGUGAAGAAGUUGCAAUGAAGAUCAACUUGCCGGAAUCUCGAGUUCAAGUAUGGUUUAAAAAUCGACGUGCCAAAUGUCGACAACAACAGAAACAACAGGAACAACAACAAGAUAAGGCACCAAGGUCGAAGAAACCCUCUGGAAAUCCUACGAGCAAUCCACCUCCAGGGAAGAGUCCCUCUAUUGCUACCACACCCACGCCAGCUGCGGCUGUACCAGCUACGACUCCUUUAAGUGGUGGUACGGGAGGAUCAGCGGCCAGUUCGCCGGCCCUUUUGAGGGACUCACCUCAAUAUAAACCUGCUGGACCUACCACUAGUUUGCUUUUGGCGAACACGACACCUCCGAGCUUGAGUGGUACGGUUUACAGUAGUGGAGGAAGUAGCAGCAGUAUUUGGAGUCCUGCUGUUACGGAAAAUGGUGGAUUUGCGGGAGACCACCAAAGGUUAGCGUGGACAACGACAGCGUCCCAACAACAAUGCUACCAAAAUUAUUCUUCCUAUUACACCAAUAUGGAAUAUUUAUCUCCUGCAUCGCAUCAGUUGAACGUUGUGGACGGUGGCGCAAGUGGAUUGGACAAUUCGUGGAGCAAAACAAGAGAUGAAAGCGCUUCAUGGUUUUACAACAGUGCCGGCUGGGGUGACCGAAAGUGAACACAACGGGCUGUUAAUAGAGAAAUAAAAAUAAAGCAAAACCAAAAAAAAAAAAAAAAA